GUGCGCGAGCGAGAGUGUGUUUGAGAGGAGCCAAAGGCAGAGGAGAGACAGAGUGGGAGCCACACGGUGAGGAAGACGGAGACGAAGAAGGAGUAAGAGAGCAAGCAAGUGUGAGACUUUUGUGGGAUCUCUGCAGGACCCACCGUGACCUCCAAGAUGUUCAAGAAAAAGGACUCAAACACGGUCAAGAUCUCGGGCAAGAUCAGCAAGACCCAGGCCAGCAGCUUGGCCUUGCUGAUCUCCCAGAUGCAAACUGAUGCCGACACGGUGGAGAAAGACAUCCUCUGGUCGGAGGAGCGGCUUGCUGUGGAUGCUGAUAAUGAGAAGAAAGACCUGCCCUUCCAGCAUCAGGAUGCGAUAUCAGACAAGCUGGGCGAGGCCGAGGCCCUGCUGAAGAACCUUUUCCUGGACGUCGACAAAGCCAAGAAGCUCAAACACCCACAGGCCAAAGAAAUAGAGAGCGAUGUCAUUCACCUCCAUGAUCGCUGGUUGAAAGACUGUGCCUUCUACCGAGAGGUCUAUGAUACCAUCGAUGACGUGUCCAUGAUGCCUAGAAUUGACUGGGGGCCCGUUUUGAAUGAAAAGCAAAAAGCGGUGAACUCUGAGGAGUUUGGCCCGACCAUGGCCGACCUGGAGAAGCAGAUCGCUGCUCACAACAUCCUGCACAAAGAGAUUGAAUCGUACAGCCCUCAGCUCUGUGUCAGCUCCGCAGGCAGCAAGGAGAAUUAUACAGCCAUGAAGAAACAGUACAACAAUCUACUGGACAACUCCAAAUGGCGCCGCCACUACCUGAACACCCUGUACGAGUACAUGCACAGCUCCAGAAAAGAAAGGGACUUCCUGGGGGAUGAACAGGACAAGAUCAUAAAGCAGGACUGGAGUGACCGCAUAGUGGACCCACCUGACGUCCGCAGGCAGUAUGAGAACUUUAAGAACAACAGCCUGCUGUCCCACGAGAGCGAGGUGAACAAACUCCAGGAGGAAGGAGACAGACUUACAGAGAUGAAGCACCCAGCCAGCACCACCAUACAGGCUCAGAGAGAUUCUGUUCGAGACGAGUGGCAGAAAUUCCUCAACCUGUGCAUUUGCCAAGAGACGCACCUGGACAAUGUGGAGGAAUACAAAAAGUACCAAAUGGACUCCGACGAGCUGUCCGAGACACUGUCCAAACUCAACAGCAACCUGGACCCAAAGUCCAUCAGCAAGAAGAGCAAGUCAGAGAUGCUGCUGCAGCUGGAGGCGGAGGAGAAGGCUGUGCAGAACUGCGAACAGAAGCUGGCCGACCUGAGAAAACGCAGCACCACCAUCGCUCCUCUGAAGCUACGACGCACCAACCCCAACAGACCCAUCACGGUGGAGUCCCUGUGUGACUGGGAGACAGAUAAGGAUUCUCUGUCAAGAGGGGAGAAGCUCACCCUGAAGUCUAACUCAGACAGCGAGAGAUGGGAGGUUAUCUCCACCGACGGGAAAACAAAAACCUUCCCAGGAGUUUGCUUCCAGAUCCCUCCACCUGAUCCAGAGGCCAUUGACAAAGUGGAUCUGCUGGGCGGUGAACUGGCAGACAUCAAGAAGAGAAGAGCUGCUCUGGCGGAGUCCCUGAAGAAUCACAAGCAGGACUUCUCCAGGCCCCAACAAUCAGCCCCAGUGUCGUCUGAUCCCAAAGCGGCAGCCUUGGCUCAGCGGCUGGACCAGCUGGACAAUGACCUGGACAGUGCAGAGGAGAACAUGCUGAGCCGCCUUCGAGCCCCGCUGAGCCGCAGCGACCCGGCCGGAGAUCUGGCCAAGAGGCUGAAGGAGCAAGAGCAAGCUGCUGCGGCCCUGAAGGCUCUGGAGCAGCAGAAGCAGGCAGCUCAGGCCGACCUGCAGCCCCUGCUGUCUAAAGACUCCACCUCCUCCGCACUGCCGCUCAAACUGAGUGCUGCCAAUAACAAGCAUGACGGCAUUGCAGCACUCGCUGACCUCUACACCAAGAAAGCGAACGCAUCUCUUAACUUGGAGAACCAGAUUAAAAAGGUGGAUGGACUUGUGUCCGGUUUCGAGAAAAAGCUGAGUGAAGACGGUCCAAUCCCUGACCAGCCAAAUGCAAUCAAAACCCACGCUGACGACCUUCAGAGCCAGCGAAAGGCUGUGGCAGGGGCUCAGAAUGACAUGAAGAAGCUGAGUCAGGAUCUGGAGACCACAGAGCAGCUGUGCAGCUCUCUGCAGCAGGGAUACCAGGAGUUCUGCCCGGACAUCCAGCGCCAGAGGACGGAGGUCAAGCAGCUGCAGACCCGCUAUGCAAAUGUGGCCAACCAGCUGAAUGAGAGAGAAAACCUCUUACAAGAAGCUGCAACCAAGAACCAGGAGUUCCAGAGCACAAGCAAAUCCCUGAGCUCCUUCCUGGACAACCUGCCGACAAACCAGAUUAAACCCAAUGAUGAUCUGUCGCAGGUCGCAGCUAAACAGACCUCCCAAGAGAGAGUGGCAGAUGACCUGAAGAGGAAGGGGGACGACAUGGACAGAAUGGCUGAUCUGUCCCAAGAUCUGCAGAAUCUUCUCAAUGACUACGAGACCAGCGUUGACAAAUACAACAGCACACUUGAGGAUGCUGGAGCCACUAUUCUUAAGAAACCUCCUGUGCUCACAUUGGCUGAUGCUGUUCAAAAAGAGGAAAAGGAUCUGGUCAAACGUUAUGCUGAAGCAACAGCUGAGAACAACCAACGGCAAAAACAGAUGGACUUGGCUAAGAAUCUCAUUUCACAAAAUGAAGAGAAAGUCCAAAUGGUGGCACAGCAACAAGUGCAGAGCCAACAAAAGAGUGCUUUCGACUUAAACAAUCUAUUGAAAGAUCUUGAUGAGGAGAAGGAGAGAACAACUCAUGCUGAGACAGAUCUAAGAACCUUUAAAGAGAGGUUGAUGUCCCUGAAGAGUCGCAGAGGAGUGGAGCGCAUUGAGGAGAAAGAAGUGCUGCAGUACUACCGCGAUCCAACACGCGAAAGGGAUUUGGCUGACCUGGAGAACAAACUGCAUGAAGAGAUCCUGAAGCGUAAUGCUAUCCAGACUGAGGUUGAGCUGUAUAAUAGUAAAAUCACCAUCUUGGAGGACACCCGCAAGAACACUCCACCCAAGCAGGUCAUCAGAGAGGUUACAGAGUUUGAGAGAGAUCCUCAGCUGGACAUAGACGCCAAAAAGUUAAGAGAUGAAAUAGAAAAGAGGAGAGAUGAAAUUCGAGUGAGAGAUGGCGAGCAGAUACAGAUGAAGGCAGAAGUCACGAUUCUCCAGCAGAAGAAACCACCCAUCAAAGAAAGAGUGGUUAAGAAGGAAGUGUUGAAAGUGGAACAGGACCCAGAGAUGGUGAAGGCAGUACAAUCCUUUCAGAUGGAAAUUUCUGAUGAGAACAACAAGAUCAAGUGUCUGAACGAUGAAAUCUUCCAAACGAGGAGCCAAAUUAAUGCACUUGAGAGACUUAUCCCUAACAUCAUGCCUAAGAUCGUCAUGAAAGAAGUGAAAAAGAUUGAGCAAGACCCUGAACUCAUUACUGAAUCCAAGAAGAUCAGAACAGGCAUUGAGGAAGAAAGAAUUGAAAACAACUCUUUGUCCAGGGAGCUGAUGGACCUCCAGUACCGCUACCGAGAGGUUGAAUCCCGGAAGCCAAAAGUUGAGGUGAAGGAAAUCAUUAAUGAGAACUACAGGGUAGACCCAAACACAGAGGUGGAGAUAAUGCGGCUCAGGCGAGACAUACAAGAUACCAGCAGGCAGUGCUAUGAUCUAGAGGGGGAGAUCGCCCAGGUCACAUCUGACGUGAAUAUUCUUCGUUCUGAGAAGCCCAAGGUGGAAAUGAAGGAAGUUCUCCAAGAGGUGGUUAAGGAGGAAAGAAGCCCUGAAAAUGAGAGAGAGAUUCAGAGACUAAAUGAUCAGGUGAACCAAUUACACUCCACCUACAAUUCCCUCCAGGACAAUGUGAGAAAACUCAAGAAAGAGAGAGAUGAAUGGAAGGCUGAAAAGUCCAAGGUAGAGACCAACCUUGUCACCAGAGAGGUCAUCAGGUAUGAACCUGAUCCUCUGUUGGAGAAAGAGGCUGAUCGCUUGAGAAGAGAUGUGCGGGAGGAGGCACAGGUGCGACGCAACAUUGAAGAGAUGGUGUUUGAUCUGCAAAACAAAUACAUACUACUGGAGCGACAGAAACCAGAGGAGAAAGUGGUUGUGCAAGAAGUUUUGCGUUUACAGAAGGACCCAAGGCAGUUAAUCGAGCAUGAGAAGCUGGGCAGGAGCCUGGAUGAUGAAGCGAAGGCCCGACGUCAACUAGAGCUAGAGUUGCAGCAGCUAAGAACAAUGGUGGAGGAUAAAGAGAGAACACUCAGAGAGAGUGAUGAGCGGCAAAAGAGGAUCCAAGCCGAGUCUGAACUAAGAGACAUCCGAAUGCGCAUCACACAGCUGGAAAAUGCCCCACCUCCAGUUGAAGAAAGCAUUGUUGUAGAGGAGGUCCUCAAGGUUGAAAGAGACCCAAAACUGGACAGGUCGACAAAUACCCUUCGGUCUGAAAUGGACCAGCAUACCAGAGAUAUUCUGCGUCUCCAGAGAGAAAUCCAUGCCAUCACUAAAAGGCUUGAGAUCCUGCAGAGGGAGAAAUCUGGUGAGAAGACAGUGUAUAAAGAGGUUGUUCGUGUUGAGAAAGACCAGGCUGUUGAAGCAGAGAGGGAUCGCCUGAGGGAGCAGGUGUCUCAGGAAAAAUUUGCCAGACAGGAUGUGGAGGAUGAAAUCCAACGAAUCAAUGAUAAGAUGAACCUUCUAAUGAACACCAAGUCCAGCUCUUCAAGAGAGGAGACUACCCUCACAGUGAACAGAGAUGCCUUACUGAGGGAGAAGGACAACCUCACUCGGGAGCUCAGGACACUUGAAGCCAGGAAACAUGACACCAGCCUGUCUUUCCAACAGCAGAGCAGGCUGAUCAGUGAGAGAACACAGACAAACAGGCAGAAAAGCCUUAAAUUGGAUUCCGAAAACCAGCGUCUGGAGAGGGAAAUCCUGGAUGAAAAAGACAAGAUUCAUUUGCGAGACAGCACCAUCCGGGAGCUUGUGACGAACCUGCAGAAAGAAGAGCAAGCAGAAACAAGAACCAAAGAGACCAAUGUUUCCACAAAAAUCACCAUUCUGGAUCCUGAUACGGGCAAAGACAUGUCUCCAUAUGAUGCCUACUUGCAGGGCCUGAUUGAUCGUGCACAGUACAUUAAUCUGCAGGAACUGGAGUGUGACUGGGAGGAGAUUACCUCCAUGGGACCUGAUGGGGAGACAUCUGUACUGCAGGAUCGCAAGAGUGGAAAGCAGUAUGCCAUCAGAGAUGCCCUUGAGGAAGGUAGGCUGACAGAGUCUGAACUACAGCAGUACAAACAAGGCAAGAUACCUAUCUCCGAAUUUGCCUUGUUGGUUGCGGGUGAAACAAAGAAUCAGCUCCAACUCAACUCAAUAACCGCAAAGUCUGCCCCAACAGUGAACUCAGCACAUAAGCAACCCAAAGAAAUCUUCCCAAUUGCUGGAAUAAUGGAUACAAACACUGACACCUGCUACACAAUCCGCAGUGCUACCCUACGUAAACUCGUCGACCCCACCACUGCCCAGAGACUUCUGGAGGCUCAGGCAUCAACAGGUGGCAUCAUUGACAUCGAAAACAAACAGAGAUACACAGUUCACAAGGCAGCAGGCAGAGGCCUCAUUGAAAGUAGUCAACUCCAGAGGCUACUCAAUGCACAAAAGGCCUUCUCUGGGGUUGAAGACCCCAUGACCAGAGAGUGUUUGUCUGUGGGAGAAGCUGCUCAGAAAGGAUGGAUGCCAAAAGAAACUGCCACUCGCUACAUGGAGGCACAGCACCUGACUGGAGGGCUGGUCAAUCCCAAAACCGGCAACAGAGUACCCAUCACAGAUGCCUAUGGUUCCAAAAUGAUCGAUAGCACAAUGCUGAGGGAGCUGCAGGCUGAGUCAACCUACAAUAAGGAUAUUGUGGACCCAAUCACAAAUGAGAGGAUCAACUACAAACAAGCUCUUGAUCGCUGUAAGAAAGACCCACUGACAGGCUUGCCAAUGCUGCCUGCCUCCUCCACAAAAUAUGCAAGAUUCUAGAUAUGUUUACAACAAACUUGGAGAUAAUUGGUCUGUGGAGUGAUUAUGGGCAGUUACAGUGUACAUUAUGACUCAGGAAAAGUCUGCUACUGCAAAGUUGCUUGUCUAUCGAUUGCUGCUGAGUUGCCUUUGUUUACCAAACAUUGUGUGAUGUGGGCAGGUGUUUUUCGAUUUAAUUUAAAAAUAUCAAUGCAGUUUAUCGUUGAUAUUAUUGUGUUACAUGGGAUACUGGGACAUGGUGCAAUGGUAUUUACCAAAAUUGAUUUGAUUCUGUAUUACUCAUGGACUAUCGUUGACAUUGUUCACUUUAAACCCAAUCUUGUUUGAUACUAUAUGAAGAAACAAAUAUCAAUAAAUUUAAAUUAUAUGGUUAAAGAGCAUGUGACUUAAGUGCUGUGUCUCCCUCUAAAUACAACACACAAGCAGGUACAGUAGGUAGUGUUUUAACAUUUACUUUCAAGAGUGUGAUACCAGAUUUGAUCUUAUUCUUAUGAACCCAAUUAAAUGAUAAAUGACAUACAUCUAUGUAACUGUCAGUUAACACACGUGAAUCAGGAAACAAAGAGUGUGUACUUGUAUUGAUAUCAAAUGACAAAUAAUGGACUCUAUGCCACUUAGAGUACAUGAACAUUGUAGU